AUGUUACGUGUACUUGACUCAAUGUCAUUUUAUAAAUUAAUUGAAGAAUGUGGUCCACCUUUCCGAUCAUAUGAUAUAUUUGAUGAAGUAUAUGCAUCGAUCUACGAUGCAUUAAAACGUGAAAAUGAUCAUACAACAAAUCACAAUUCAACAUCUAUUUUAGAACAUAUUAAAGAAUUAGCCAAUCAGCCUUUAUUAAAUGCUAGUUGUAUGCGAGAUAAUUUACCAAAAUUGCCACAUGUAUAUAAAGAAUUAGUUAAUGCAGCGAUUAAAGAAUGA